AUGGGGGUCGACCGAUACAUCGAGGAAAAUGAUUGGCACAAGUGGGAUUCAAUGUGCCUGCCAAAGUCUAGGGGUGGGUUGGGUUUUCAUGAUCUCAAGUGCUUCAACCAAGCCCUUCUUGCCAAACGUGCAUGGAGAUUACAUAAUGAUACCAAGUCCCUACUCCACCACGUGUUGAAAGCAAGGUAUUACAAGAAUGAUGGGUUUAUUGAUGCUAGAAGAGGGUACGACCCGAGUUACACAUGGAGAAGCAUUUGGGGUUCCAAGUCUCUGUUGUUGGACGGGCUGAAAUGGAGCGUGGGAAAUGGCUUGAGCAUAGGGGUAUGGGAUGAAGCAUGGCUGCCGGGGGAUAGUGUUGUUAAUGUGACCACUCAAUAUGGGUGCGGGUGUUUGGAACGAUAA